AUGUGGCGAGACCGGACAAACCUGUACAUCUCCUAUCGACAAUCCUACUCACAUCACCCCGCAAAGAAAUCACGAUAUGGCGGCCCAGCAUUCAAUGGAUUCGGUGACAGUUCGUCCCUGGCGGAGGAGCGCCGCGGGCUUAUGUCGGAGGGAGCGUUCGACAAUACCGGCGAUGCGGUCAUAGAGAUGGAUCUCCUGCCGCCACGGUGGUUGGACAUCCAGGACGAGAUCAAUGAGUACUUGGCUGAGAUCGCAACCCAAACCCGGCGGCUGGAACAACUGCAUCAAAAGCAUGUGCUGCCGGGAUUUGACGACGAAUCGGUCAAGAAGUCGGAGGAGAAGGAGAUUGAGCAGUUGACGCAGCAGAUCACGAGGCGGUUCCAGGACUGUCAGAAGUCACUGCAGCGCUUGGAUAUGAUGGUGCGAGAGGCAAAGCAACAGAGCAAUUUGAGCAAAGGGGAAGAAACGCUCGCGAAGAAUCUCAAGAUCUCGAUGGCAACACAGGUCGGUGAUGUCAGUGCGUUGUUUAGGAAGAAGCAAUCUGCGUAUCUGAAGAAACUCCGUCAGCUUGGUGGGUUUGCGUCGCCAAUGCCACGCUCAUCCACACCCUUGGCCGGUUCCUACACAGAUCCCUCCCUGGAGGAAUCCGAAAACGACAAAUACUUUUCUCAAUCGACCCUCCUCCAAAGCAAACAGCGCAUGGCACAACAUGGCAACGAAGCCGUGAUCGCGCAACGCGAACGAGAAAUCGAAGAGAUCGCCCAAGGCAUCAUCGAGCUCUCUAACAUCUUCCAAGACAUCCAGAGCAUGGUCAUCGACCAAGGCACCAUGCUCGACCGCAUCGACUACAACGUCGAACGGAUGGCGGUGGAGGUCAAAGCGGCGGAUAAAGAGCUGACGGUCGCCACGGGAUACCAGAAGAAAAGCAUCAAGCGAAAGGCCAUCCUACUGCUAGUCAUCGUCGUGGCCGGGAUGUUUAUCCUGCUCUCGCUGAAACUCAGCAGCAGA